AUGGUCGAGAAGCGCAAUCACAUUGAUCCCUCCAAAACUCAAGAAGUGACUUAUCUACUGCUCAUGUGCUACGCUCUCGUGUCCACCAUUUCUUCAAUUUUUAUCGGUCACCUAGCAGACAAAUUUCAUUCGCGUAAAGGCCCUUUGAUCUUUUCGCUGGUUUUAACUCUUAUCGGCACCAUCGCUUUGGCUGUUUCUCAAAAUUUGGCUGGGAUGUUUAUUGGCAGAAUCCUGCAGGCAAUCGGUGGAACAGCGGCAUGGAUCGUCGGUUUCGCUACACUGAGAGAUUCCAUCGAUUCAAAACAUAUCGGGAAGACAUUUGGCAUCGUGCGCAGCUGUGUCAGCCUCGGUGCUCUGGCUGGACCCGCGGUCUCGGGUGUCUUACUCGAACUCACUGGCUAUUGGAUCACUUGGGGUAGUAUUCUGCUUAUCCUCGCGAUCGAUGUGGUGAUGCGGCUCUUGAUGGUGGAGAAACGCAGCCAGGCGCCGAAUUCGAAUACCGUCGAUAAUGACAAUGGAGAAGGAAAUCGUGAUCCAGAAUCUGGGGAUGAGACCAGCCCUCUGCUAUCUGGUGACAUCGAGCAAUCCUCGGAUUCCCGUCUGGAUGAUGGGAGAAAAGAUACAAACGUGCAAGUGGAAUCUUUCUUCAGAGUCAUUUGCUUACAGCCAAGAGUUAUCACUGCUCUGCUAUGCUCGGUUGUCUACACUGCAAUUCUUGCUAGCUACAGCACGACCAUUCCUCUUCAUGUAAAGGAUGCUUUUGGCUGGGGCAGUCUUCAAACUGGACUGCUGUUCAUGGGAUUAGAAGGCCCGAUCAUAUUGGCUAGUCCUCUUUACGGCUGGCUCCGUGACAGAGUUGGUACACGAAUUCCCGCUACACUUGGAUUUGGGCUUCUAGCUCCAUUGCUAUGGCUAGUGGGCGCCGCAGAUCAAAAGGGAUUCCCUUGGUCAACCCCUCAAAGCUCGGCAGAGUCCACCUAUAUUUGGGCCAUUAUUGCUAUUGGAUUUGUCACCAAUCUGAUGAGCAGCAUUUCAACUAUUGAGACAACAUGUGAGCACUUCCAAGAUCGUAACCUUUCAUUACUUUCAAAGCUAAUUCGAAAUGAAACAGGUGCCGUUGACGAGGCUGAGGAAAAGAAGCCAGGGAUUUUCGGUCCCAACGGUGGAUACAACCGAACUUAUUCUUUGUCUACGUUGAGCGCUUCUGCGGGAAUGCUAGUUGGAUCUUUCUUCUCAGGUUCAUUGUCCGAUGCCAUCGGAUAUUAUUAUAUGAACGCUAUAUUAGGUAUGCUCGCCAGCACUUGA